AUGGUGCAGCAAAACCAGUAUGGAAGAAAAGCCGUGGAGGACCCUAAUGCGCACCUGGCGCAAUUCCUGGAGCUCUACAGCACUGUUAAGAUAAAUGGAGUCCCUGAUGACAUUAUACGACUCCACCUCUUUCCAUUCUCACUCCGGGAUAAGGCAAAGUCAUGGUAUCAAACUCUACAGCUGGGAGCCAAUCCAGUAUGGAGGGAUUUGGUGGAUCUUUUCCUGCGAAAAAUGUUCAUGGACACAGUUGCAGGUGGAUCCCUACUUAAAAAUGGGAGUUCUGAAGCAAUGGAGAUUAUUGAGAGCAUGGCCACCACAUGUUAUCAAUGGCCUUCGGAAAGAGUCCAAUUGAAGAAAGCUGCAGCUGUUUCCAGCUCUGAUCCGUUGACAUUAUUUGCCACUCAAAUCACGGAGCUGACUUCCAAGAUAAACACAUUGACUACUGCCAGGAGUGUUGGAUUUGUAUACUGA